AUGUCUGAUGAGCCAGUUGCAAAGAAAACAAAAUCAGAGCAUGAAGAAGGAGAGACCGCACCUCUUCGUGAGCGGAUGCGAUCCUCAUGGCCAAAAGAUCCACUCUCUAAUGAUAUCGAUAUGGGUGAAAGUCCCUUUGGACUCUGUGUGGAACACGAUGCCCCGCAUGAGAACUGUGCGUUGGAGUGGUGGCGGGUUCACGGCAGAGUUGGCGAAGAAGAUCGCUUUGGUGUUUGCGUGACGUUUCUUCGCUUUGCCGUCACUGAAGGCGAUGAGUUGCCGCCGGUGUGUGAGAAGGUGAAAUACGCCGUGGCCGUCGCCUGGGUGAUUAUUGAUCAUAAGAAGAAAAAAUAUUAUCGGUUUGUGGAAUCCGAUCGGAAUGCCCCACUUAUCGCUACAUUUCUUGCGGCGAAUAUGAGUUCGACUGGGAAUGGUCACUUUCUUCAGGCAUUGGCAGAACAAUUUAAACAAGAUCGACUGCCAUUGCCAGAGAGAGUAAUGACAGAACCAGCAUCUGUUCAUUUGGGGAAACUGAACUUGAGUUAUGAUGUUAAUCAAAUAUCAGUUCUUCUUUCUCAAAUAAGAGGAGGCGGUAGAUCAUCUCAUCCCAGUUAUAAACUUUCUUUUUCAGGGAUUACCUUUGAAAGUGGAGAUGCACGAAUGCGGGAAGAAGUAAAGGCAACGGUAGAACUUACAUUUCAACCCACUCAACGUCCAGUUUUACAUGGAAACGCUGGUGUAGUAGAACUUGGAGAAGAUUGGAGACAUGAUGUAUUUCAAUACUUUCUCCCUCAUUGUAAAGUGGUGGAAGGUGUUAUUCAUCUCACACGUGCCUCUGAUGAUUUGGAAAUUGCGAGAAGUUCUGAUUUGGAAGAUGGAAGACUUUGGAUGGAGCAUGGCUUUGGUUGUGCGAUACCUCAAAUAGUAGAAGAGUCUAUUUUCUUGGAAAAGAAAUUACCCAAACAACAACAACAACAAAAACAAAAUAAUAGUGAAGCCUUAUUAUGUAAGUGGAAUCGUUGUUCCAUACAAUUAAAUAAUGAGACAAGGGAUAUUGUAAGUCUUAUCUACGCUGCAAAUCCUAUGGAUUGGAAAUUAUUAAAGGCUUAUGCAGUCUAUCAGUGCGGUAAAACUGGAAAAAGUGAAGCAUAUCAUAAAGGUAUUGAAGUAACUAUAGAUAGUGCUUCCCAAUACCGUAGUGAUAUGACUGGUGUGCUCUUUCCCACACGAUGGACAAUUCAUACACCUUUUCCUGAAGAUUCCAAAUUAGAAGUAACAGUAGAGGCAACAUUUCCAGAUCAAGAAUUUAUUACACUUACAGCUCAACCAAGUAUUUGGUUAGGAACCGUACAAGUAAAAGGAAAAAUUAUCGCUUCAGAUGGAACUAUAAAGGAUAUUACUGGUGAUGGUUUUAUGGAAAGUCGUGGAAAAGGGAAUUUACAUGAUAUUCCACGAUUGUUUGAACUCUUACGUGAAGUCACCACUACUUUAAUGGAGAAACCAGAAGUAAAAUCUUUAGCAUCUUUAGAAGAAAUUGUAAGUGGACCAGUAGCAUCUGCUAUGGGAACUGUAAAGACAUUAAUGAGUAUUCAUAAUCAAACUUUUUCAGAUGCUCAUUGGGUUGUGUUUACAUCUUUUCUUGCUUCAUAUGGAUAUAUAUUUCACCAUGGAAAAGAAAAAGAAAAAGUUUUAAAUGCUCUUCAAUGGAUUCAUGGUAAAUGGUUAAGUUAUUUUGGAAGUACAUCCAUUGAUAUUAAAACGUUGACAUUACGAGCUUUUAUGUUUUGUGAACUUACUCGUGUACUUGAGAGACGAUGUUCAUCAUGGAUUCCACCUUAUGUACAACCUGUAGAUCUUGUGAUGUCCCCACCUAGUAGUAUGGAAGCUCUAAUGACUGCAUAUAAACUUGAAAUCUCUUUCACUACGCCACCUCAUAUGGAUUUUAAAAGUGAAGUGAGUAGAUUAGAUAUUUCAAAAUUGAAAGCUAUAUCAGAUGGUACUUGGAUAUUAGAUGAAUCCAGAGGAACAGGAAAUACAGCUGAUUUUCUAGCCGCACAAGGUGUAAAUGUGAUGUGGCGUACUUUUAUUGGGAAUGUCAUGUCUACACUUGUAAUGAAUGUAGAUGAAGAGAAACGAACAUGUUGUAUUUUUUUGGAAACACCUGUUUAUAAUAAGAAAUAUUUAAUACGACUGGAUGGUGUACUUUGGGAAUGGCGAAGUAUUGGUCCUGGUAAAGUAUAUUCUAGGGCAUCUGUUUUACCAAGUGGUACAGGUAUUUAUAUGGAAACCACACUUCCAAAUAAAAUGAUGGAAUGUAAAUGGUUUACAUAUGAAGAUGGUGGAAGAACUAUGGUGGAAAGUAUGAAAUUGUAUAAGAAUCAUGUUCUUGAAAGGCAUGGUGUGUCUGUAGAGCCUAUAUCUGUCUGUGUUAAGUACUUUACUUUACGUAUGAAUGAUAAUGUGAAUUGA